UGUGAGAGCAGGAUUUGCACUCCAGCACAAGUGGCCUUCCACAGUCGACCUCCUCGCCCACUCAGAGUAAGGGAACCCCCGGAGAAGACGCCAAAAUGCCUGUGGAUCUGAACGGAUACUGGAAAAUGAUCUCCAACGACAACUUUGAGGAGUACCUCAAGGCUCUAGAUGUUAAUGUUGCCAUUAGGAAAAUCGCCACUUUGCUGAAGCCUGACAAGGACAUCGCCCACGAAGGGGAUCACAUAAUCAUCAAAACCCUCAGUACCUUCAAAAACUACAACAUGGAUUUCUAUGUUGGCAAAGAGUUUGAGGAGGAUUUGUCUGGCGUGGAUGAUAGGAAAUGCAUGACCACCAUCACCUGGGAGGGAGACAAGCUGGUGUGUGUGCAGAAAGGAGAGAUUGAAGGAAGAGGCUGGACCCACUGGGUGGAAGGAGAUGAGCUUCAUCUGGAGCUGCGAGCUGCAGGAGUGGUCUCUAAGCAGGUCUUCAAGAAGACCUAAAGUGCCUCCUAUAGCCAACAAGAUGGUACCACCCUGCAACUGAAACAGCAUCCAAGGUCCCUUGUAGUCCAUUCAAGCUUCCAUCCAUCUUCGAUUAUGUACUUCUAUGCCAUCAUCCCAGAAAUACUGUCUACUGACUCAGGAUGAGUGCUGAUUUGAUCAACACAUCUACAUUAAGCAUGCAUAUCAGACGGGUGGGCCGCAUUGUUGGUGCUGGAUGCAGUGAUGUGAGCCAAACGGGUUGAUCUUAAUAUAUGUGCAUUGAGACAAAUUUAUAAAAUGAAGCUCUGAGUUGAGAGACAGGAUAUCAGUUCCUACCCCUCCCCCCCAAAAAAAUACGUGUGUAAAUAUAUUAUAUCCCUCCCAGUUCUUUUGGGACUGUGUCACUGAUAAACUGAAUCAAUCAAUAAAAGAAAACCAAAACUA